AUGAGGCCUCUGGUCAGAGCAUUAGCUCUGUCUCGGGUCCUGGAGCUGGUAAAAAAUCCGGGGAAAAGGUGCUGUUCAGGGGUGUCAGGGAAGGAAGUUCGUGUCCGAUUUGCUCCCAGCCCAACUGGUAGGGUCCUAUAAUAUUCAAUAUUUAUUUUAUAUAUGUGUUUAUAUAUUAUUAUGUUAUGUUAUUAUAUUAUUAUAUAUUAUAUUAUUAUGUUAUUAUAUUAUAUAAUUAUAUAUUAUUAGAUAUAUUAUUAUUAUAUUAUUUUAUAAUAUUAUAUUAUGUUAUUAAUAUUAUUAUAAUAUAUAUUAUAUUAUUAUAUUCUAUUCAUUUUAAUAUCUGCUCCCUGCGUAAUACAAAUAGCCCUCAUUGUAUAUGAAUUUAAAGAUCUGUACCUUGUGUUACAGCUAGAAGUAUGAUUAUUAUUAUUAAUUGGAGAUCUAUACCCUACAUACUUUGCAAUAAAAGUGCCUUAAACUAAUAGUUAAUAGAAGAAUUAAGGAUUUAAAACACACACACACGGUAGAAAUAUUAAACCUCUAUUUAUCAACAUUUCAGUUUCCUAAUCAAACAGACAGAUUUUAUUAAAUACAAUAAACACUCCAAAUGAUAAACUAUGUUGAAUAGACAGCUAAUUGAUGACAUGCUCGAUUUGUUCUUUUCUUAGGUUUUCUACACUUAGGCGGCUUACGUACAGCCUUAUACAACUACCUGUUUGCCAAGAAACAUGGCGGGACCUUUAUUCUUCGUCUUGAAGACACAGACAGAAGUCGACUAGUGCCUGGAGCAGCCGAGAGCAUUGAGGACAUGCUGGAAUGGGCAGGUAUUUAUGGCCAUGGAAAAUAUAUCUGUAUCCAAUAUGGAGUUCUAAUUCUACAUAUAGAAUUAUGAUGCGUGUAGCUAGUGCUCUGCCCGUGACCUUCUCCUGCCCGCUGCUCGCACCCGUACGGCCAACUCACUCUUGCAGGACGUCUCGCAGGAGGCUCCCUUCCCAUGGAAUAGCCUGCCUACCAUCAGACUCUCCCCUAGUCUUCAAUCAUUUAAGAAGUGCCUUAAAAACCAUCUCUUUAUGGCUUCCCAGAGUAACCUCUACCUCACAUACCUGUCUCUUGCUCUCUCUUAAAGGGCUGCACUCUACUCUCUCCUCCAGCUCUGCCUUACUCCCACCUUAUUUGAUUGCUAUUUCCUGUCCUAUUGUGUUUUAUACCCCACCUCCUAUAGAAUGUAAGCUCGUUUGAGCAGGGUCCUCUUCAACUUAUCGUUUCUGUAAGUUUUCUUGUAAUUAUCCUAUUUAUAGUUCCCCCCUCCCUCCCCCCCCUCAUAAUAUUGUAAAUCUGUUGACGCUAUAUAAAUGGCAAUAAUAAUAGUGGUAUACUGCUUGCUGCUCUGUGAAAGGCUGAAGUUGGCUUCAUAAACACAAAUCUGUAGUAAACGGCCAGGUAGGCACAGUUUGCUAAAUGAUGGAUAACUUAUUAGGGAGAAGAUGGAGUUGCAGAGAACAUAUUUUUCAUGUGCUAUUUCUCAGGCCAGUAUCAACAUAUUUAAAUAUAUUUCUAUAACAUUUAAAGGAACACUCUAAGCCCCAUAAACAUUAAUACGUAUUGACGCUCUCAGCCAAUUAACUCAGUAUGGCUUACUCGGUACCUGGCAGAUCCCAUGUGGGCACUACACUCUACCUAGGUGUGUCUUUUUAUACUUAUUUAGGGUAAUAAAUUGGCCAGUGUUUAAUAAAGUCACCUAACACUUAACCCUUUAUAGGAUUUCCAAUUAUGAUGGGAAGAUUAGCAGGGAAGUUCUAAGUAUUUAUUUAAAACAUGUCACACUUUUGUAAUUUUUGGUUUGUGUUAUGAUAUUUGUAUGGAUUAUUUUAAUUAGAGAUCUCGAUUUUUGGGAGUUAGUCUCGUCUUUGUUUUUCUUUUAGCUUUACUUUAUUGCCUGGCUUUUUGGAGUGGUGAGUUUUUCUUGUAAUGUUGUCCUAUAUAAUAUAACUAGUAGGUUUAUCUGUGUAAUCCAGGGAUCCCACCAGAUGAGAGCCCGAGGCAAGGAGGAUCAUGCGGCCCAUAUGAACAAUCUAAACGCUUGGAUCUGUAUCAGAAUGCGGCACAGACUUUGCUUGAGAGUGGAAUGGCCUAUCGCUGUUUUUGCACACCACAGAGACUAGAGCUGCUUAAGAAAGAUGCUCUCAGAAACAGACAGACCCCUCGGUAUGACCAGAUAUGUAGAUAUGGUACUGGUUGAUAAAUUAAGAAAACACAGUAAAGUCCAAUUUAAUCCCACAGGGAUAAAGAAUCUGGUAGAUUAUGCUGGUUGUCAAUGUUGAAGGAAGAAUUUUUGAAUGACAUAAAGCAAUACCUGCCAAGUUGAAAGGGGCAGUUAAUGUACCAUAACCACUGCAUCCGUUUUUUAAUUAUUAUGGUCCAUGUAAGCUACAGGUGACAUCCUCUGACUUUGCGUCAAACUGUUUUUGAGACUUUUGGCCAGAACCAGGGUCUCUAACGCACCCAAGGGCUGGCCUUCACUGACCAUCUUGCUAAUGCGGAAAUUCUACUUCCAUAUUGGUAAUGUGAAUUUUGUUCAUUUUUGGUUGGCAUUGGUAGGCUGAGCACAUGAGCUGACAAAACAGCGAGAUGGUGCCUGAAGUCUGCGAGCAUCAUAACCACUGUUACGUGAGGUAGAAUUGUGAAGCUUAGAAUGCCCCCCUGUACAUACGUUAGUACUUUAUUAGGUAAAUUAGCAGAAUCACAGACCUAGUUGAUGAAAUCUCUAUUUCUCAAUGAAGUCUGCGUGUUGUGGCCCUGUUGUUAUAACCUUGCAUAAUACAACAUUGACGGUUUGCAUAUGCAAUAAUGUUUACAUUGCAGGGUUAAAUCCACCUCUAGUGACUGUCUUCCUGACAGCCACUAAAGACGUUUCCGCAGAUGAUAAAAUGAAAUGUGGUCAUGUGACCAAAUGCAGCUCACAUUGAGAAGCAUUUCAUUGGGUGAGCGCUGUCCUCUGAGUGGCAAUGGAUUGGACCAUCGCCAAUAAAGCAAUGCCUGCUGUAUAACGUUGUUUGAACCAGAAUGGCAGCAGCACUGAGGGAGUCUUGGCGCUGGAAGAAAGGUUAGUAAAAAAACUAAACCUUUUAUUUAUUGCUAUUGGCAGGGGUCUAAUCUAAAUAGGGACUAAUGCGUUAAAGGGACACUAUAGUCACUAUAGCUUUAGCUUAAUGAAGCCGUUUUGGUGUAUAAAUCGUGUCCUUCAGUCUCACUGCUCAAUUCUCUGCCAUUUAGGAGUUAAAUCCCAUUGUUUAUGAACCCUAGUCACACCUCCCUGCAUGUGACUUGCACAGCCUUCCAUAAACACUUCCUGUAAAGAGUCAUCUAAAGUUUAUCCUUUUAUUACAAGUUCUGUUUAAUUUAGAUUUUCUUAUCUCCUGCUAUGUUAAUAGCGUGCUAGACCCUGCCUCCUGUAUGUGAUUUAAAGUUCAAUUUACAGAGCAAGAGAUACAAUUGUUUAAGGUAAAUUACAUCUGAUUGAAAGUGAAACCUUUUUUUUUUUUUUAAAUGCAGGCUCUGUCAAUCAUAGCCAGGGGAGGUUUGGCAAGGGCUGCAUACCAGAAACAAAGUGAUUUGACUCCUAAAUGGCAGUGAAUUGAGCAGUGAAACUUGAGAGGCAUGAUCUAUACACUAAAACUGCUUCAUUAAGCUAAAGUUGUUUAGGGAACUUUAGUGUCCCUUUAAAGUGUUAGGAGUAUAGGUUUGUUCCUUUUACAUUGCUCCCAUUUCUAAUCUACUUCUUUUUUUUUUCUCUCUCUUUCUGCUGCAAGAUAUGAUAACCGUUGCCGGCACCUCACAACAAAGCAAGUGCAGGAAAAAUUGUCAAGUGGUUCCCCUUAUGUGAUCCGAUUUAGUUUACAAGAAGGCACCCAACCUUUCAGGGAUCUAGUUUAUGGAUGGACUCAGCACGAUGUGGCAAGUGUGGAAGGGGACCCUGUGAUUAUAAAAGGGGAUGGAUUCCCCACGUACCACAUGGCCAAUGUGGUGGACGAUCACAACAUGGGAGUGAGUCAUGUACUGCGAGGAGCAGAAUGGCUCAUCUCAACAUCCAAACACUUGCAGCUUUACAAGGCCUUCAACUGGCAACCGCCAUCAUAUGCCCAUCUUCCUCUCUUACUCAACAAAGAUGGCAGUAAACUGUCCAAGCGGCAAGGAGACAUUUUUAUUCAGCACUAUGCUCAAUGUGGAUACCUGGCCGAUGCCCUGUUGGAUCUCAUCACGAACUGUGGAUCUGGAUUUCCUGGUAACCCUGAUAUGAAAACCUAAAAAGCAAAGAUCAGUGUGAACAUAGCACCUCUUCCCACAAAUUCAACAUUAUUCAUUGGGCUGUUUAAUAGAAUUGCCUCACAGUAUUCAGUAUUAACAUAGUGCUCAUACUAGGAGUGUCCUUCCUCUCUAUAAAAAGUACUGUGCAGAUAAACAUAUUUAUUGCAACUGAGCAGUAAAAACGCACUGUCCAUUGUAAAGUCAUAAGCCCUCGUUAAUUCGCCCCUUAGCAUACUAAAAACCAAAAAACAGCAUAAAAAAGACUAAUUUUGCCAAUACAAAAAAGGGUCGAUUGUCACCCAAGACGCUGGCUGGUGGGAUUUAUCUUUUUGAUGCUGUGUUUGUGAAUUGACUUUAGAACCCUUAAUUUCUGUUUUAUUUCAUUUUGGAAAUGAAGUUUUUAAUGCUCAGUUGCAACAGAUAUUUUUUACCUGCACAACCCUAAAAUGCAAGACAAGCCCGUGGAAAAAAAUAAAAUAUUGCCAUGUUCUGGAGAGGGCAAAAAACUGAGUUAGAGAACUGCACUAUACACGUGAAAUGAUCGAAUUUCAUUUUAUUUGGAAAGUGUAACUAAAGCCACAUUUUCUGGAAUUUUUAUUGUUACUAAAUUUGAAAACUCAGUAAGGCAGUCCGCAUGUGCAUACAACAGUCCACGCUUCAGAUGCUCCUCUAUGUCAACUGGAUCCAUCAGUGAUUUCUUAUGGGACACCGUCCAUGCUCUGUGGUGUAGAAAAUUAGGGCCAGGCUGCCAUAGGAAUGAUUAUUUGCUUUAUUUAUUUAUGGCUACAGUAAUCAGUUAAACAUGGUCUGGCCCCUUGACAGUUUCUCAUGGAAUAUGGUUUAUUGAUUUAAAAAAGAAUGAUUGUGCUCAAAGAACAAACUUGACAGAGCUGCUACAACCUUAAAGGGACACCCCAGACUCCUAAAUAACUUUAGCUUGUUGAAUUGCUUCGUGUGUGAAGAGUGUGUCUGUUUUUUUCCCAUUUUCAAUAGAUUUCAAUAGAAAUUGGCACUUUUAUAAAGUCUCCUUGUUACACCCCCUUUGCUGUCAAUCAGACAACAUAUCCUGUUACUUCUUGGUUGUUUCGCUCAUUAGUCCAUAGCAACUGCCUUGCAAAGAUUUCUCAUUGAGCUCCAUUGCGAAGUCCGUGAUUGGACAAUCAGAAAGUCUCUGCUGGGGAAGAAGCGGGGGAAGGUCUUGCAAAGGCUGCAGAGAUCUGCAACUUUUGUUAGCUGUUUAUCGUUAUACUUCUAUUGAAAAAAUGCAUAUAUAUGUUUAUUGAGGUUAUAGCUACUAAAGUCUAAUUUUUAAUUAUUUUAUUUUGUGUUUGGACAGUGGGGUGUCCCUUUAAAAUGUGUUGUAUUUUUUUUUCUUUCCCUCUUCUUUAAAGGAACACUAGUGACAGGAAUACAAACAUGUAUUCCUGUCACUAUAGCUGUGAAAGCAAUAUUUAGGCCCCUGGCCCACCUGUCAGGAAAGUAAAAACUGAUUUUGCUCACCUUUUUCCAGCUCUGCAUGGGUCUGCUCGUGGCUGGCCCGCCUCCUUGGCUGAGAUCAUUAAACUUAACUAUCUCAGCCAAUCCAAUGCUUUCCCAUAGAAAAGCAUUGAGAUGCUAUUGCGUAUACGCGGGAAAAUGCAGCGCUCCAAUCGGCAUCUUAUACACAUGCAUUGAAUCAAUGCAUCUCUAUGAGGAAUGUGAGAUCCUGCAAACAUGUAAGUGUGGCAUAUGGACUAGAACAACCGUCUCACUGGAGGGUUCAUGCUCCUGUAGCAGCUCCACUCAACCUAUGUGAUGCUGGUGGGUGAUUAACAACUUAUCCCAAAAGUCUUGUGCUGGGCAGCAGUGUAAGAUCAGACCCCAGUAUGAGAUGCUCCGAAGAGUCUUCCUGUUUCUAAAACUAACUAAGCAAGCUUUAAGAACUACAUUUCCCCACAAAUUAUCUAUAUAAUGUAUUUAAAAUGAACUUAUAAGGAUUUUUCCUAUAGUUAAAAUUGAUUAGUGAGGAAUGUUUUUUUAUUUUUAUAAAUAAAUGUCUUCAGCAAAACCCAUUAAUAAUUUAUUUCUUGUAGAAAAUCAAAUGGGCCGUACUUUGGAUAUACUCAUAGAGCAGUACGAAGUAGAAAAAACUAGUACUCACUUCGCUCUACUGGAUCUGGAUAAACUCAAUGACUUUAAUAGGUUAGUGUGAGUAAUGACUUUUCUUGGGGUGCAAUUGUUGAACACAUCUUAGCAAAAUAAGAAUGAAUCCUAUGGGCAUUUAAGGUUUACCUGGGGUCUUAAGGGACCCUGUACAAAAUCUGAGCGCAGCGCUCCCAGAUACCUACUUCUGUUAGUAUUAUAAUAAUCCAUUAUUGCUAAAGGGGCAGUGUAAAAAUAUAUUUAUCAAUUGUAAAUAAAAUUUAAAAUAAAAAAACAAACACUUGUGCCAGUUCCAAAUAUAUGUGGUUACAGGUGCGUUAUGGUAUGUACAGUUGACGAUCACAACAAAGUAAAAAUAAUGUAUCCACCUUACCAGACUAAUGCCUCCAAUUCUUAUUUUUGGAUAACCUUUUAAAAUUAUUAUUUAUUUUAAUAUCCCCAAAUGUAUGAUUGAAAUAUAUUUAGAUAGAUUAAAAAAAAGUUAAUAUAUUCACACAUUUGUCAAAAUAUUAAAUCAUUUUUAAAUGUUUAUCCCAAAAAAUUAAAUCAAGGCCCAACUAACAAAGAGAGCUUCCAGAUUGCGUCUGAGUUUGGGAAUGGCAACGUUGCAUUCCCAGUUGGCUGACCGUUCUCUCAAUGAUGUUGAGUCUAUCAUUUUUACUUGGUUACGUUGUGGGAUGCCGUGUAGAUCUUUUGGAGAGCCGUGAUUUGUAGGCCAUCUAGGAGGAGGCUUGCUCUUCAUGUCACUAUAUACUUUAACUGUUGCAUUAGGAGCUGUUAUCUGCCUCUACAAAUCUUGGAUUAUAUCAAUUAGCCAUAGUGAAGCCUCACUUUCCACGUUUGUGUGUGAAGGAGUCUCAAAACGGGAGAGAAGUGGAAACGCUUAAACCUGUGUUAUAAAGCCAUUGUGACACCAACAUCAUUUUUUACUAUUCUAAAUACUGAUGAUCUGCUAUAGAAUCAACAUGUCCAAUUCCCACAUUAAUUUUUGUAAUUAUAAAGUGAUUACCAGAGUGCUUCUGAGAUAUGUUUUCUUUCAUUCGACCCCCAGAAUACACCUGACCAAGUCAAUUGAAAACCCCAAGACCAGGAUAAAGUUAAUUACCCAGCUCCAAGCCUUGUUAAAGGAAACAUACCGGGAUUUGGAGCUGGACCAGACAUACAUAGAGAGAAUUCUGUUACUCCGGAAGGUAUGCAACAAACUCUAUUUCACAAAGGAGCGUACAAUUCUGUUUCUUCAGGUUUAUUUGUUAAUACAUAGCCAGAAUGUUUUGAAACUGUUUAUAAAAUCAUUAAUAUUUAAAAAUUAAUAACGAUAAUUACCUGACUUAUAAACAUAAUCAUGUCAUUGUGUCACUGUCUGCACAUAUUGUUUGUGUAGUGUUAUAUCACUUUAAAAAUGGUUCAGACCUCAUGUUGUUACAAAUAUAUAAUUUUUUCCCCCCCUUAUCUGUUAAAGUGUUUCUCCAAGCAUCAUAACUAUUACAGCCAGCUGUACUGGUUAUGAUGACAGGAGUAUCCUGACCCCAUUUCCUGGUAACGGGGCAAACUAUUUUGCAAAGUUUUCCUUCGUAUCUGGGCACUUGCUAGGCUCCUGAUCUCCUCUGGUGCUGGGUGACUUAUAUCCGGCUUCAGCAGAAUUACAAAAAACGGAUGACGAUUCUGCUACUCAUUCAUUGGCUGCUAGCAUCAGCUGACUGCUCUUCGAUAGUGAAUGACAUUCUGUGCAUAGAAAUAUACACAAUAUUACCAUUAGCCAGCCUAGAAUUCAUAUUCACCAGCCCCGUACAAAAUGUGAGAGCAGUACUUAUAUACCUGCUUCAGUUUUUAUUAUAAUAAUUCACUAUUGCUAAAACAGCACUGUAAAAAUAAAGGCCCAAUAUUGCUAAAGCAGUUGGAGUUAUACCUCUUGCAGUGAAGGGUUGAACUCUGUAUGUACAGUGUUUCAAAGUUAAAUGUUGCACAUAAAGUCUCCAGGUCUUGGAGUAAGCUUUUAAGCAGAUUUAUUUAUUUCAAUAAUUGUCCUUUAACCUGAUGAGAUCAUUGUUUUGCAAUGCCUUACGGACAGAAAAUGUUGUCAGUGCCAUUUAAAAUAACUAGUAUUUCAAUAAAUGUUUGAGACCAUUUAAAUAUAUAAAGCUGUAUUUAUUUAUUUUUUCUUUCUUUUAGGGACAUCUGUGCCGACUGACAGACCUCAUAUCUCCUGAAUACUCCUACCUGUGGAUCCGACCCUCUGUCCCUAAAGAAGAUCUGCAGAGACUGUCACAUAAGGCAACAGAGAUUGGAGUGCUAGCUGUACGGUGUGUAUUACGGCCAAACUUGCAAACUAUUUGGUUUUGGCAAUUUAUUGCCUGCACAUUAGGUGAAACCACUCUUCUCUGGCUGGGGAAGUGGUGUAGAACUCAGUCCUUCACCCUUCCGCUCUUUGGGGCUGCUCUGCUUUUAGGGAGCAAUUAGCCCUUUACCUUGAUAAGAUUUAUUAAUGCAGUUAUAACUGGAUCUGUUAAUCUUCAAAGGUCUUUUCCUACAUGUUUACAAAUGGGAAAAUGUUUCUGCUUCCACACAGUCAUUCAUUCUUUAAACAAUUAGCACUCUCUGGUACAUGUUGUUGUGUUCUCAUAUGAGUUUAAUCAUUAAUGCGAUAAAGCUGUAUAACUCUGGACACUGAUUUAAUAGUGAUUCCAAACGGGGCUGAACAAACAAUUAAAUGCCAUGUUUUCCGAGGUUUUACUGCUGGCUGCAGACAUCCUAUGCACAAAUCCCGAGAAUGGCUGGUACUAUUGUCCUGCACACCACCAGCGCUGGCCUGAUGCAAAUGACAGACACUUUAUUAGACAUUUAAACAGUAGCAGGGUAGAUGUAUGGUGCUCUUGCAGGGUUAUUCACAAAGGCAGAAUUAACCAGUAAAUUUAACAUUUGAGGCCAAAGUGAGCAGGAAAUAAUGGUUUAGAGAGUUUAGUGAACAAUCCACGUGGUUGUUGACCUGGUCACAUCCCUGUCCAUUCUGUCCUUUGGAAUAUUUUACUCUAUUCAGUCUGCAUUUUCUGUGAUGAAUUCUGUCACAUACACUUCACUAAACAUGAGAACUGACUAGCGGCGCUGUAGUUAGUGUUUUACAGCUCAUAUUGUUUUACAUGUAGACUCCUGCAGGAUCACUACAAUGAUUUUACUUUGGAAGAGUUAAAUGAAAAACUGAGAAGCCAUUUGCAGCGGUUGGAAGGCACAAAGUACAGCGCUGCCAUGAAACUUCUCCGCAUGACACUCAGUGGCCAACAGGUAUGUCUUCACUCACACUGUUAAUAUAGCACUAAAUUGACAACUGUUCAAAAUGUAAAAUAUAGAUUUAUUUAUUUUUAACCCCUUAAGGACACAUGACAUGUGUGACAUGUCAUGAUUCCCUUUUAUUCCAGAAGUUUGGUCCUUAAGGGGUUAAAUCAAUCACUCUGACAACCUAAACAGUAACAUUUAAAAAUAAAUCAUGUUUCCAUAAGAAUGCAUGCGAGAUCACGGACUGAAAAUGUUCAGCCGCUUCUUUAUUGCUGCUGAGUAAACUAUACACAUUUUCUAUUGCUUGUCUCUUAUUUAGUUGAUGGAUUAUAAAUGGAAAGUCAAAUUGGUAGGAUUAAAGCAGUUUCUGAGGAAAAAAAAAUCCAACACCAGGACUUCACACAACUGUCUCAUACUUUCCCAUGGGAGAAUGCCCAUAGUAUACAAGAAACACAGACAGAUAAAUUGCUUUAUGUGAAUACAUUCUUCUCCAAUUAUUAAGUCUAGCAGUUGGAAAUGAUAAGAAGAAAUAUGACAUUAAAAAAAAUAAAACCUACUUUUUUUCCCUAAAUAUUCCUUUUUCAUUCCACAAAUGCUACAGUUUGGAUGGGAGGUCUCAAUAUGUACUCUGAUAAUACCAUCACUGGAUAUUUAUAUACUUCUGAAAAGCAGCGUUAUUUAUUGUGUUGAUGUACUUGAACCAUAUUACCACAACGAGGCUGGAUCAUAUUCUGUUUUUCUUCCCAUAGCAUGGCCCUAGUGUAGCAGAGAUGAUAUUGUCACUGGGAACAACGGAAUCUGUCGUGCGGAUUCAAAGUGCUCUCAUUAACGGACUUUGA